CAAUUCUCCUCGCCUCUCAUUCCUGGUAUCCGACCACUGCAACACAGUUGGUCGCCCGGCAUGGCGAUCAUCAAGUCUCUCGUUUUCGCAGUUCUCUUGACCGCUUCCACCGCAUUACCACCGGUCGCCGUCGGCAACACGGUCCAAAAGGGCACAGCAUCGUUGACACAGGUGCACAACCCCAAGUUCGUACGCAACGGCCCACUUGAGCUUGAAAGAACACUGCGCAAGUACGGCGCGCCUGUUCCGCACGACCUAAAGGCGGCAGUCAAACGAGUUCGGAGAGCAAGAAACCAAAAACGUGCCGAAAGCGAGGGAGCAGACGAUGACGAUGACGAUGACGAUGAAAAUGACAGAGGCAGCGUCCAGAACUCACCCAAGUCAUACGACGUCGAGUACCUGAUGCCCGUUUCCCUUGGCACACCCGCUCAGCAGCUCAACCUCGACCUUGACACGGGAUCCAGUGAUUUCUGGGUCUUUAGCACAUUGCUCAAGGAGAGCAUGAUCAACGGGCAGACUCUUUAUGACCCCAACGCGAGUACCACGGCGGACAAGAUGGAGGGAUACUCGUGGAAGAUCACGUACGGGGACCAGAGCUACUCGAGCGGGGACGUCUACGUCGACACAGUCACCAUUGGUGACUUGACGGUGUCGACUCAGGCUGUGGAAGCAGCCAGGGAGGUCUCGGAAGAGUUCACAGCCGACUCUGACAAUGACGGCUUGGUGGGCUUAGGCUUUGGCAUCAUCAACACGGUGAUGCCCUACAAGCAAAAGACGUUUUUUGAAAAAGCCAUGCCCGGGCUUGACUCGCCGGUGUUCACGGCUGAUCUCAAGUCUGGCGCCCCUGGCCGCUACAACUUUGGGUACAUCGACGACGGGGCCUACACGGGGAACAUUACAUAUGUUCCAGUUAACAGCAGCGACGGCUUCUGGAGCUGGGUGUCGCCCGGGUUCCAAGUUGGCACGACGGGCAGCUUCAACAGUACACGCAUUCACGGCAUUGCGGACACGGGUACUACCCUGCUCCUUUUGCCCGAGGGCGUAUGUGAAGCUUUUUAUGGCCGGAUUGCCAGCGCCAAGUACGAUGCCUCUCAAGGCGGAUACACGUUUGAGUGUAACGACUCGACGACUCCCGACUUUUACUUUGGGACCGGGAACGGUCAGAUGAUCAGGAUUCCAGGCAGUUACCUCGCGUACUCGAAAACCGACACCAGUAGUUUGAGGUGCUUCGGAGGGAUGCAGAGUGACAGCGGUGUCGGGUUUACCAUCUGGGGCGAUAUAGCCCUCAAAGCGGCCUUUAUCGUGUUUGACCAGGGGAGUGAGCGGUUGGGCUGGGCCGAGAAGUCUCUCUACUAG